AUGUAAUGUACGAAAAGCGAAAUUAUCUGGAAAUCAUCCUUGCCGAACGCGAUUCGUUUUAAAAGCUUAUAAACACGCGAAUGAUAUGUCAUCAUUACGCGAUUUACCGUCGAUGAAAACGCAUCAAAUUGUUCCUCAGUGCUAAAUUCAUUCUUCGCACAAACCGUCAAACGAGGAUAAUAUUAUUACCCUGGUGAAAAUGGAUCAAAAAUUAUUUUCAACAUUUUUCUUUGUGAUGUUAUUUGGGGUGGACUCAAUUUUGACGCAGAAAUCACGAGGCGAAUUAGAUUUUGAAAAUCCUUUGUUUUGUGCCGAAGAUAAAAAAUGCACACCGAUCGAUCUAUGUCCUGAAGUUUUAUCGCUAAUGAACCGCAAAGCCCUACCGGUUCACAGAUUCCGCAACCUAGUUUGUGGGUACGUCGGAUCUCAGCCAAAAGUAUGUUGCGAUUUAUUAACGCCAAUUUUGUCAACUUCUUUAGGAUCAAGGGAUACAAAUUCUGUGACCGAUCGUAAUUCGAAUUCGGGUUGUGGAAAAAGUUUAAUUCGUAGCAAUUUGGAGACCCUUGGAACGUUUCCCUUCGUGGCGAGAAUUGGUUUUAUACACGUAGGCAAUGGACAGACCAAAUACCCUUGCAGUGGCGCCAUCUUGAACGAUAGAACGAUUAUCACGACGGGUACUUGCGCCCUUGCUACAUCCAAAAAUUACAAAAUACAAACUGUGUUGUUGGGCGAGUUUGACGACGCUAAUAAUCCAGACUGUAAUUCGCUUUUCUGCGGACUGCCAACCCGAGAGUACAACAUCUCCUACGUCGUAAAGCAUCCCGAUUUCCGGUCAGAGUCCUUCGAUAAUAACGUGGCUUUAAUUCGAUUACAAACAGCAAUUGAUUUCACCGUGACCGUGCAGUCGAUUUGUAUUUUACAAAGCGAAAACUACAAUCUAAUUGGAAGAUCGCCGACACUAGUCGGCUGGGGCAAGACUUCGAAUCAACUAGAAAAAUCAUCGAAACAACAAUGGUUACAAACGAAAGUGUUGCCGAAACAGGAUUGCUCAAUUUUCAUCGGUCGCGGUUAUUCCGUAGAAAUGUGCGCCGGAAGUAUGAAAGAGCCGUGUUCCGGUUUCAGCGGAAGUCCCCUGGUAAUUAAAUACGGGGAUACUUACACUCUGGUCGGCAUCCUGUCAUACGGAUCGGAUUGCAGCCUCAACUCAAAUUCACCGUCUGCAUAUGUCAGCGUCGCGAAACACGCCGAAUGGAUUCUAGCAAAUUCCUAGACGUUAGGACCUCUUCCUAAAAUUCCUAUGUUGGAUAAUUCGUCAAAUGGCACAUGUGUUGUAACAUUGGUGUUUUAUGACCAAUAUUUUCUUCUCAAUGAAGUUUAUUAAAAAAAAAUUUUUUAACGCA